AUGUGGCAAGUCGACAAUGGGCAUGCAGAUCGCAGUGAAGGCAAUGCAGAGCUCGAUGCUGGUACUAAAGUUGUCUGGCUGGCCACCAGCUCUCCGCUGAUGCACUCCCGUUUUGACGACAUAGCAGCGCAGAUGGCAGAGUCAGUGGACGAUGGCAUACCUUCGUCGCCCCCACGCGCUGGCGCGGCUCUUUGCGAUCUAAGCAAUCGAUUCAUCUACCGAGAAGUCCAGGUACUGGCCCAUUUGCUUGUCAUGCUCAUGCAUCCGACUGCUGUCUUUCCUCCACCGAAUACGUCCGUUCUCGUGAUCGACGGACUCCCGAACUUUCUACUUGGCGCUUUGCCCAAGCAGCCUCACUCGAAGGACCCGAAAGGCAAUGUACUGGCAGAUCAGGCUGCCAAACGAGCCAACAGUAAGCGCUUCCAAGUCAUCGACAACCUCGCUUCUGCACUGGCACGCCUGGCCACGUCACGGCAUAUCGCCGUUGUCGUGCUCACAAAUGCUACGACUGCGAUCAGGAAUGGACAAAAGGCUAUUCUCAAGCCGGCCUUGAGUCGACAGGGAUGGGACAUUGCAAUCAACACUAGAAUUGCUCUAUACCGAGAUCUAUAUCCUCCGCAAUACCGCGAGAACCUGACCGUCGAGGAGAAGCGAUUCUAUCGGCUGGCGGAGGUGACUCGACUGAACGCUAAGGAUGUCUUUCGAGACCCUGUACCGUUUGUGAUAGAGACAGAAGGGCUGAGAGAAUUGGAUACUUACAGCUUGCCCAUAUCAAGUGCUAGACCACCGAGAACAACUCCCCAGAGAGCGCCAGAAGCAUUGGUGCCCCUCGAGAUUCGCACCAGCCAGCUUUCGUCCCAAAAUGGGAGCCACACAGCGUUUCCGACUGCAUCGCAAGUGCUUAGACAAGAGUACACAGUCCUAGAUCAAGGUCCGGUAUCCCCUCAGAUGCCAGUCGGUAGCAGUCAGCCACUAGAGCCAAUCGAGGAAGCAGCAUCGCACGUAAGUGAGGGCGGUCUGUUAGUCGAGGAAAAUCAUUACGCGGGUCACCCGUCACGAGCAACGAAACGAAAAGCGAUUGAGAUCGCGGACAGUGAAGACGAGGACGACCCUGAAGAGCUCGACCUGGAUCUGCCAGACCCAAGCCUUCCACCACCUCAACCUCAUGGAGGUGCCACAAGUACGGAUAUGGAACCUGAAGAAAUGCUCUUCGAUCGAGCUGAAUACCGAUAG